UGGCGAGUGAUGACAAAUUGAAGAAGCACUUCCUUAAGAGACAACAAACUUUUCAUUCAUUCACUCAGUUCAUUUCAAACAAUGUCAAUGACUGCUUCAGCUUCUUCACAUGGCUGUAUUUCGGCAAUCGCCAUGUGCAUCCCAUGCUCCUCUUCCAAAUUCUCUUCUCAGUCUUCCUUGACACUGGCUGCACCCCAGAGAGCCUCAACCAGAACAAGCUUCCGUGUGUGCAGAGCCAUGGUUCAGCAAGCCGUUCAGGGUGCCCCUGCAGCGUACGCCAAGGAAAUGGAACGCCUGUCCGCCAAAGAAUCGCUUCUUCUCGCCUUUAAAGAUGCUGGGGGUUUUGAGGCCUUAGUCGCUGGGAAGACUACUGAAUGGCAAAAGAUUGACGUGAAUGAAAGGAUAACUGGUCUUGAGCGGCUUAAUCCAACCCCUCGCCCCACAACGUCACCCUUCUUGGAGGGGCGUUGGAACUUUGAGUGGUUUGGUUCUGGGAGUCCAGGAUUGUUUGCUGCUAGGAUUAUAUUUGAAAACUUUCCUUCAAGUUUGGCUAAUUUGUCAAAAAUGGAUGUUGUUAUUAAGGAUGGAAAUGCAAAGAUUACUGCAAACUUGACAUUAUUAAACUCGAUUGAUAGUAAAAUCAUUCUCUCAACCAAGUUAUCUGUGGAGGGGCCACUUAGAAUGAAAGAGGAGUAUGUUGAAGGGGGCUUUGUGUCACCAACAAUUAUUGAAGAGAGAGUACCGGAACAGCUUAAAGGGGCACUUGGGCAGGCAGCUAAUGCUUUCCAACAACUUCCUGCCCCUAUACGUGAUCCUGUUGCCAAUGGGCUGAAAGUUCCUCUAAGUGGCAGCUUUCAAAGGCUCUUCAUGAUUUCAUAUCUCGAUGAGGAGAUACUUAUAAUAAGAAACACCGCUGGGAUUCCUGAAGUUUUAACGAGGUUGGAUGCAGCACCAUCUUCCUUGGGAGAUUCUAGUCCAGAGUAUGAAAGCUAGAACUUCUAUAUAGACUUGGGAACUGAAUUUUUGUCCCUCCUUACUCAUGAUGAUGAGUCAAAUUUCUCUGGAAACUCCUUUUUCUUUUUCUACAGAGGGUAGAAAUGUGAAUAUGGGUUGAAGCUGACACAAAUUCUUACAAAACCAUGGAUUUCAUUCUUUGUUUCACAACAAAGUGGCUCUUUGGUGUAGAAAUUAUAUAAUGCUACUCAUACAACCAUAAUUGGUGAAAUGAAAUGAAAUAAAUAUCUGCCUUUGAUCCAA